AUGUCAAAGUACGCGUCAUUGAGUUAUUGAGCAUUAACCAGCAAUUAAUGGAUUUUUAGGCAGUUAGAUCUAUUAAUCCGAACAGAAAGAAAGCGAUAUUUCAAUCAUAUUUUCUUAAACUUGAUUCUGUACCUCAUUAAUAUUAAAAGCUUCCGAAGAUACAACGAACUUAUCAUCCUUUGACAUAUUUCAUAAGCAACUUGUAUAUUAAUAGUUUAAAAAUGUAAGAUAACCUUCGAACGAAUUUUAUGAUAAUUUAUACCUUAAAAUAUCAUUUCAUUACAUCAUGUAGUGAUGUAUCAAAUUCAAAUGAAAUAAUUAUUAAUUUAAAUUCAGUAAUUAUAUAAUAAAUGUUCAAUUUAGUUAUCAAAGUGACCAAUCUACUAUUAUUAGACAUAGUAGUUUUCCUUUGAAUAAUAAAGAUAUGUUUAAAGAACUCUUUUAGCACAAAAGUCAACAUGGUGCGUGUAAUCACAGUACAUAAUUUUGUGGGACAAAACAUCACUCAAAUUGAAGAGCCAACAGCAAGCUGUAUAGCAAAUGCAUCUGGGCAUGAAAUGCUCCUUCUGGCAUUGUCAACUCAUUGCGUUGAAGUCUGGGAAUUGAUGAUGUCUGAUAUUAAACUACAUACUGUUUUUCCAACAGUAGAUAUGAUUAAUCAAAUGGUGCACUGCACCAAAGAAGAUUAUGUUGUAACAUUAGAAUCAAAAUUAUCCAGAGAUGCAAGCAUCAAUAAUCAUACAGGGAAAACAAUUAAUAAUUUUGUUAGAAUCUAUGUUAAUUGGGCUAUGGUGAAAGAUCAAAGUCAACCUAUGCGUGCUAGAAUAGCGGGACGUGUUACUCCAAGUUUAAAUCGACCAUUGAAUAGCUUGGAAAUGAUAGAAUUGCCAUUAAGUGUACAACCUACACUGAUUGCAUGCUGCCAAAGUACUGGAAAUCUCCUGGUGGCUUCAGGAAACAGUGCUAUUCUACAUGAAUUUAAAAUUGAAACACAGCAAGUAUCAAAAAUGAAGUUUAUAGAUUUUGAAGCAAGACCAUGGUCUUUAGGCUUCUCAUUCUCUCCUAUGCAUAUGGAAAUUGUUGAAGACUUCAUAUCAAUUAUGGAUAAGACAAAUUUAUGUGUCUUUCGGUUGACUAAUUCAAUGUAUGAGGAUAUUGAUCAAUUGAGUUCUCUCACUUCUACAAACUCUUCGUCUAUUGAUAAAACGUCUAUAUCUACUGAUUCUUCUUUUGUGGAAAAUAGCAAUACGGUUAAUCAAGAUGAUAAUACAAUAUUGCAAGGAAUAAAUUCAAAACGUAAAAGUUCUAGUCAAGACCUUCAUUUCAUUGUGUCAGAAAACAAUGAUUCUAGUGGAAUAAGUACAAAAUUUAAAAGUAGAAAACAUAAAAGUUCUAAAACAAGUAUAUGGAAUAAACUGGAGACUGGAGAUUUUAGGAAAAUAAAAUCAAAUAGUAAUGAUACUGUUAUAAAUUUGGAUCAUUUAUUGUAUAAUGAAAGAGAUGAAUUACAAAAAUUAAUUGAUCAAGAGAUUGUCGAUGGAAACUCACAGUCUUUAACUAUAAAUUUGCCAUCUAUAAGUUUAGAACGUGCAGGACCUGGACACACCUUGAGUCCUUUCAUAUUAAAUCCAUCAGACAUAAGAAUUAUAAUUAAAACAAAUUCUCCUGAUUUAGGAUGGUCAGAAAACUAUACAAUAAAAAAUUUACUGUCUCUUAAAAUAAUGGCAGCUAACAAUAAACUUGAUGGAAGUUCUGAAUUGUUCAGUUGCUCUUUAUUGAAACCAUUAUAUAUGAGGAAAGAGUGUAAUAAUUCUUGUUUAAAAAGAUCAAUCCUUAGAUCAGAUAAAUACAUAUAUUUGCAGGGUGUAAGUUGCUUUUUAUGCACACUGCAAGAAGGAUAUCUUUAUCACUUCUCUGCAACUAGUUCAAAUCCUACAGAUGCAACUUGUUUAACUAGUUAUCCAUUUACGGCACCUGUUAAUCAUGUAGCUUUGGAACAUACUGCUUUGCAUGCACUUACUGAAGCUGGUCUUGAAUCAUACACAUUACGUUUAUCUCACCAUGUUGCCAGAAUGUCAAAUGAUAUAGAAAACUUGAGAGUUACAUGUCCUAGUAUCUCUGAACCUGUUUGCUUAAUAGGAUUAAGACCUUUCCUAGGAAUACAACAAUUAUUACAUAGCAAAAAUUAUCUUAUUCUCUUAGCCAAAGCUGAAAAUUCUUGGACUUUGUAUUCCUUAAUUUUACCUAAAUUGGAAAAUUUGUAUUAUGAUAUUUUAAAUGCAGCAAGGAAUCAUAAAUCUUCUAGUCCAAACACAUACCGGCAUUUGUUAGGAGAGGCUCAUGCUUUGAUACGCUUAGCUAAAGAUGCUGUGUAUAACUGCUCAGACAUUAAUGAAUUUGACGAUAUCGCAAAUAAAAAUGGAUUGAAAUUGAAGAAUUUAUAUAAUCAAUCAUGUGCACUGCUUGGAGAUUAUUAUAUUCGUUCUGAAUAUGAGUCAGACUGGGAUUUUUGUAUACCCUAUUAUAAAAUGUCGGGUUUAAAACCUUCAGAAGUUUUAUCUAGAAAAUCAAGUCAAGAUGCACCGGGUCUCGUUACAUUUUUAACUGAUACACUUUUUACUAUGAAAAGUGGUUCAGAAGCUGAUGCCUUGUUCCAAGGAUUUAAUAUCGUAGAAAUAAUAUGUAAAUUAAAAAAGCCGGAUUUAUUGAUAUUGAUCUUCAGUAGUCCCGUAUUACGAGAAUAUACUACAGAAAAGUUAAUACAUCUUUUGUUAUUGUAUGAAACAGACGAAUUAAUUAAAUUAGCUUUGGCACUUUUAUAUAUACAAGCUGAGAAACAAGAGCAAGCAGAAAAAAUACUUGAACCAGUCUCAGCGUUAUGUAUUAAAAAAAUAGUGUUUCUAGAAUAUUUGCCAUCGAGAGUAGGACGAGAUGGACAUAAUGCAGCAAUGACAUUACAAGUAUUUCUUGAAAAAUAUCUUCACAACUACUUCAGUACAAAAUUGAUUAUAGAUUCAUCUGUUAUAAGUAAAAAUCAAAUACGCACGGAUUUCGCUUUGGUUGAAGCGUUUAAGCUAUUAGUGCGAUCGUACUUAGGCAAAUUAACUCAAACGAAAGUGUACAAAAUAGAAAAUAAAGAAACUAUACAAGAAAAUUAUGAUAACUUCAUAUUUAUGAAGUUUAGACCCCAUUAUCUAAACGGGAUGCCGCCAUAUGCAAAAGAUUAUCAAAAAGUUCUGAAUGUAUGCGAUUUAAAAGAUUUAGCCGAUAUCGAUAAGACUGACACUGAAAAAACUAUACCAAUGGAAUUGUUUAAAUUACAAUCUGUAUUAUCUUGUGAUUUUAUACCAAAUGAAUGCUUAUUUGAAGUUAAGCAAUUUCUUGAAACGCAAGAAAUUGAUGGCAGUUUAUCUUUAAAAACGUUGUGCACUCAAAAUAUCGAGGAAGCAACAGCACUUUUAAUGGAUAAUUGUUCUCAAGCUGUUGUGCAAUAUGCAAAGGAUAUGUAUACUAAAGAUUCUGAAUGGAAGUAUUUAAUUGAACUAACACAAAGUAAAAUUGCUACAUCAAACUCUCGACAAGAACUACAAUGUUUAUACACUCAAAUUAUGAAAGCAAUUUUGAAUUAUUUACCACAUACGUUAUCUUUAAAAAGUCUACAUCGUGUUCUUCCAAAAGAUGAUGUAAUAACAUUUCAGAAAUGCAGUGAAAUGUGUAAUCAAAUUAUGCACGCUGAACAUGUUAAAUCUUUAAUAAUAGAAACUGGACAACAACUUUUAUCAACUUUAAAAUUGUGA